AUGACAGGGAAAAAUUACGUUUUUUUUUUUCCAUACUAUAACCGUAAUGUGGAAGUUGCUAUUGAAAAGGCUCUUCUUGGGAAAAACUACGUGGCAGAGAUAUUACCAUAUGCACAUAUUCUUAUUGGGGCUGUGGCCUCAAGGGCAUCUCGUCAUAAUUCUCCUCUACGGCCAGAUACCAUCAUUAGUAUUGUAAAGAAUGCCAUUAGCUACGCAAAUACAGAGGAAUACUGUAAUACUAUUAAUGCCGUAAUAGAAAUAUACAGUUGUGAGUCAGAUAAUGAACUUGGAAUAGCCACAGCUGUGGCACGUGCUGCGAAUUGCAGUUUCUCUGCGAGGAGUGGUCGUUCUAGAAAUGGUUAUUGGGAUCAUGGCCAUACAGUCCGUGUUAUCUUCGCACCCAACACAACGAAUUAUUCCUUAGAGGUGGCUGAAAAGAGAUUUGCCUGCGAUAAUCGAGAGGCAUUAAAUACAGCAGCGUUAAUGGUGCAACUAUGCCAACGUCUUGUGGAUGCGCCUGCCAAUUUAUUGGACACGACAACUUUAACAGAAAUUAGUGCUGGUCAUAUUGACCUUUUAAAGUCUAUGGGACAUGAUGUUUCUAUUGAGAUUAUAUCGGGUGAGGCCUUGCGAGAACAAGGCUACGGUGGUCUCUACGGUGUGGGAAAGGCCGCGGAGUAUCCGCCGCAUCUCGUCACUCUCACAUACAAACCCCCAAACAAUACUGAGCCACUAGAGAGACUCGCACUUGUUGGCAAAGGAAUUAUAUACGAUACGGGCGGUCUCUGUCUAAAGAGUGCGGCUGGAAUGGCGGGGAUGAAACACGAUAUGGGCGGUGCGGCGGCGGUGCUCUGCGGUUUUCUCGGCUUAUCGCGUUUGUUGUCAUCAUCGCCGUUGUCGGUGACGGCGGUGUUGUGUUUGGCGGAAAAUGCCGUUGGGCCGUUGGCGCAGCGCCGCGAUGAUAUCGUGCGAUUGCGGUCCGGCGUUACGGUGGAGUUAAACAACACCGACGCCGAGGGACGUCUGGUGCUCGCAGACGGUGUUUAUCACGCCACCGCCCCAAUUACUAUUACUACUAAUACUACUACUUCUACCAAUAAUAAUAAUAAUAAUAAUAAUAAUAAUAAUAAUAAUAAUAAUACUAAUACUAAUACUAAUACGACUGGUGUUGUGAACUCUCAUCAUCCACCGGAUGUGUUGAUUGACAUGGCCACGCUCACAGGAGCGCAGCGCACUGCGACAGGGGCCCAACACGCCGCUGUUUAUGCGAACAACUCAGCGAUCGAAACACGACUGUUGGAGGCGGGCCGCAGUUGCGGGGAUCUCUGCUUUCCGGUGCUCUUCUGCCCGGAGUUCCACGCCAUGGAGUUUGGCAGCAGCGUCGCGGACUGCCGCAAUAGUCCAGCCUCCGGGACGAGUGCCGCGGUGAGUUGUGCGGCGUAUUUUGUGGGACGGAAUUUUCACAACUCUUUUAAUGGCAUGUGGGCACAUAUUGAUCUUGCGGGGCCGGUUGCCCAAGAGACGGCGACGGGGUUUGGCGUCGCACUUCUUCUGCAGACCUUCGCCGCUUCUGCUUUCACCCCGAAAUAA